UCAACUGUCAAAUCAUACUUCAAAAUUGGCAAGAAGACUGAAGAAGAAAAUACAAAAUAGAAAUUGUACCGAAAAAGUGCAAACAAAUAUUAAAUUACUAAACGUUCAAAUGAAAAAUACUUAUUAAAUAGUGAAAUUAAAGCGUUUUGUAAUUUUAAUUUUAAAAACUUACAAGAUGGCUCUUAUGAAAUCUGGAGAAAUUCCUAAAGAUGCGGUAGUUUUGAACGAGCUUGAUGCUACCCUUUAUAUUUGGAAUAUUGUGUCCGACUGGGACUCUCUCUCAGACAUAUGGGCUUUAAAGUAUGGGCCAGUGGCAUUGGGUGCAGUCAACUCAUUUACUGGCCUACUCAUCAACAAGCACUAUAGAUGGAGGUUUAAACUGGGCCCAUACGGACAGAUGUCCUCAACCAUACCUAUUGUGGUUCUGCCAGGCCUCCUUACUCUGCUGUUUCACAAACAAUUAGUGUCAACCAACAUACUUUUAAUGAAGAAUGAAGCAUGCCCCAUAUGUCAUGAAGUUAGGUCAAGUGCUGUGCAAUUGGGCUUUGGGCUAGCUUACCCAAUGGUGUUGGGCCCAACUUCAGCUUUAAUGUUCGCCAAUAGAUACUCAUCAUUCAGGGUGCCCCACUUAAGAGAAGGUCCAAUGGUAAUGUUUAAGUUUUUAAGGAGCCACACAAAACCAUUCACUGGGACCCUUACAUACUUGGUUGCAUUGCAAAUGGCUGCAUCGGCGAUAGUCACCUACUACGAAAUGAGGAAUAAUAUUACUUUAAAACACAAAUUAAUUGAAAUCGAAAAGAAAAUGGACAGUAGUUUAACGUGAUUUAAUUUGAGACAUACGUAGAUGUGAAAUAUCUGUCUAUAUGCAUGUGCAGGGGUUGCAAUUAAAGUGGUUUUCAGAUAGCAUGGGUACGGUGAGAGUUGCCUUAUGACGUUCAUAAUACGUACUGUUAUCGUGAAUUGCGGCAAACUUUCAAGAGUGAAACGAACUGUCACCAUACCCAUGCUGUCUGAAAAACAUUCGACUGUAAUUUCAUUCACUAGCUAAUGACCGUGACUUUAUCUACGUGAAAUUCUGGUUUUCAGAAUAAAAUGUAGCCUAUUAAAAUUGGUUCAGCAGAUCCCAAAGAUUAGCCUAGACAGACAAAAUUAAAAGAAGUUGAUUGUGUUUUGGUAUCAUGUAAAUGACUUAUCACUUGAAAACAUAGUUAUCUUAAAUUCACAGAUAGACACUUCAAUUUUAUUUAUAUGUAUUGAUGAUAAAUUCGUUAAAGACCUUAGUAGUUGUAAUUAUAGAUAGAUAUUUUACAAGACUGUACUUAGAUAUACAAGUAGUAUUUGAAAUAGAUAGAUUGUAAAUACAAGACUUGUUGAACUUAAUGA